AUGUCGGCUGAACUUCAUCCCGUUGCUGUCGGCGGAGACAAGCAGCGUGUUGCAGAAGAUGUCUCGGAGCAGCCAGAGUUACCAGCUUCAGAGAGUCAGACAUCCAUCGACGAUGUCGAAUCCGACGAGCACAGCGUGGCCAACAUUGAGCGCAUCUACAGAAAGCUGGACCGCCGCAUCAUCUCUGCAUUCUGGAUCCUGUACUUCCUCUGCUCGGCCAUUCGGUCCAACGUAGGACUGGCACAGACUAUGAACUCAGACUCCGGCCACGACCUCGCCGAUGUCCUUCAUCUCACCCCGCACCAGAUUUCAACAGGUCUAGCCCUGUUCUACGUCUGCUACGUGAUCUUCGAUCUGCCCUCAAACCUGAUCAUGACCCGGCUAAGUCCCCAUGUCUGGAUGAGCCGCAUCGUUAUCAGUGUCGGUCUUAUCGGAAGCUGUCUCGCUGCAAUGAAAGCCGCCUGGAGUUUCUACCUCCUGCGCCUGCUUCUGGGUAUCGUCACAGCAGGCAUGUGGCCCGGCAUGACAUACUACCUUACCCUAUUCUACCCACCAUCCCGAAUCGGCAAACGAAUCGGCCAGUACUUCACGGCCUCCCAAGUCUCCGCCGCAGUCGUGGGCCUCGUUUCAGCCGGCUUCCAAGAGAUGGAUGGCGCCAAGGGCCUUGUCGGCUUUCAGUGGAUGUUCCUCGUCUACGGUGUGAUCACCGUCGCCCUGGGCUUCGUGCUCCUCUGGUGGCUUCCCGAUCGUCCGACUCCGCCGGGUGAGGAGCGCCCUAAGCGGAAUGCGCUGAUGCGCUGGGUCCCUGACAGUAAGCCCGCGCUGCAAGGUCAGGAUGCAGUGGUUCAUUACCAUGAUAUGAAGCGGGUGUAUCACUCGCGACCCUGGACGAUGCGGGAUCUCCUCGCUGUGUUCCUGGACUGGAGACUGUGGCCCCUGCUGAUCAUGUACUUUGGUGUUGUGGGUGUGGGUAUCGGAGUGCAGUUGUACGCCAACUUGAUUAUCCAGGCCAUCAACCCCAACCUCAGUGGUGUUGAUUUGAGUCUGUUGACUGCUCCCAUCUGGAUCAUGGAUCUUAUCGCCAUCCUACUCGUCACUCCAAUGUCUGAUCGCUUCCAUCGCCACCGCGCGCUGUUCUUCUCCGUCCCGGUCCUCCUCCAGAUUCUGGGCCUCUUGUUGACCAGCUACGCCGGCUCAGAGUCCAACCCUUGGCCCCGGUACGGUGGAUUGCUGAUCGUUGGCUUUGGGCUUGGACCCACUGUUCCAAUCACCAUGACCUGGACAGCGGAGGUUUUCCAGCCACGCCACGGCGAGGUUGGAGUCGCUGCUGCUUCGGCCGUUGUCUCUGGCUGGGGUAAUCUUGGUAGUAUUCUCACGACGUAUGCGCUGUAUUCCGGAUGGAAGAGCGACUACGAGGCUCCCGGCCGUGAAAAGUACCACAAGAGCAACCUGGUCAUGGUCGGGAUUUUGAUCGCGAGUAUUCUCGCCGCGGUGUUUAUGGAGGUAAUGCUGCGCUUUGUCGAUGGCCGGUACCGCGAUGGGGAUGGUGCUGUCGAUGGUGCUGGCCGGCGUGAAGUCCGUCAGCGUGGGCUGAAUGGACUUGGUGCUGGUGUGAUGCGGUGGGCGAGACGUGGAAAGAAGAUCGUCAAGUAA